AUGGCCAAGGCAUAUAGAAAGGAGGAUUUCGAUACAUUAAUGGCUAAGGUGGAUAAAGUUGACCACAGGGUUAAGGAGUACCUUGAGGAUGCUGGAUUUCAACUAGAUGAGAUACCUUGCGCACAUGCAAUCGGUGUUUUAAAGGAAAAGAAUGUUAAAGAUAUGCAUCCAUAUUGCUCUGAUUACUACAAGCCUGAUGCAUUAGCAAAAACAUAUGAGGUUCCAAUGGUUCCAAUGCCAGAUACUGAAAAUGACUGUUCGUGGACAUGGUUCUUCGAACAAUUCAAAAAUGCAUUUGGCGAGCGUGAAAAAAUGUGUGUUGUUUCUGAUAGAAAUGAGAGUAUUAUGAAGAGUGUAAGAAUUGUGUUCCCAACUGCAUAUAGAAAGGAGGAUUUCGAUACAUUAAUGGCUAAGGUGGAUAAAGUUGACCACAGGGUUAAGGAGUACCUUGAGGAUGCUGGGUAUGAGAAGUGGUCGAGAGUUCAUUCAACAGUAAAUAGAGGUAGAAUGAUGACUUCGAACAUAGCGGAAUGUAUCAAUGGUUGUCUUGUUGAGGCGCGUCAGUUGUCUAUAUUAGAAUUCUUAGAAGAGGUUAGAAUUCUAUUUGGUUCUUGGCAUUGCAAAAAUAGAGAAAUAGCCUCUUAUACAAAAGAUACAUUGGGGAGAAAAUUUGAGGAGAUAUUGAUUCUAAACGCAUCUAAAUGUUCGAAGAUGAAGGUUGUUCCAUCAUCUGAAUUUAUUUUCUCAGUUUAUGAAGUUGGAAGAAGAUACAUUGUUUGUCUUGAGAGGAAAGAAUGUACUUGUGGCAGAUUUCAACUAGAUGAGAUACCUUGCGCACAUGCAAUUGUUGUUUUAAAGGACAAGAAUGUCACAGAUAUGCAUCCUUAUUGCUCUGAUUACUACAAGCCUGAUACAUUAGCAAAAACAUAUGAGGUUCCAAUGGUUCCAAUGCCAGAUAAAGAAGAUUGGUCAGUUCCUAGCAAUGUUGUAGAUGAAACUGUGUGGCCACCUAGAUAUAAAAGAUUGGCUGGACGACCAAGGAAAAGAAGAAAACAAAAUGCAGAUGAAAAGAUAAUAGUAAAGAUAAACUGUUGUGGACGUUGUGGUCAAGAAGGUCACAACAAAAGAACUUGUACUUUCUUCCCAAAAGAAAAGUGA